UGGCCAAUAAAAUUUUCUACUCUCCCGUGAUGGCGAUGCCGUCCAAGCGCCGAGAGAGAUCUUCGAGUGCCAUAGGAUGGCGUCGCGAUGAAUCCAUCUGAGGUCUAGGGCUUUGGAAGGGUUUUCUUAUCAUCGUUCGUCCUUCCAGGUUUUGCAUGGAUGAGAAGUGUUGGGGAGAUCGCGGGAAGUGAAGGAAGGGACAUUGAAGGGUUUUGGUGGAGGUUGACGUCUUCCAAGCAGCGAACAAGAGUAGUUCCUGUUACAGAUGUCUUUGUAUGUGGGUCAUCUCUCCCCUCAUGUUCGACGAGAAGAACUUGAACAGGUUUUUCGGAGGUUUGGACGGUGUAGUGUACAACUGAAAGAUGGAUAUGGAUUUGCAGUCUAUGAAGUUACUGCAAAUGCAGAGAGAGCUCUGCGGGCAUUGCGAGGCAAGAAAAUUUGUGGGGAGCAGAUAUCUCUUAACUGGUCUAACAAACAGCCUAGGCCUCUUCAAAGACCUGUAAGGAGCACCAGAUUUUAUGAACCCCAUCGUGGAAGGAACUUCACGGAAGGCAAUGGUAGAGGUGGGAUCGUGGGCUCUCAAGACCGGAGGGAUUUUUCUACUGGUGCAGCUCAUGUCACAAUGUAUAAUCAUGGAGGGCAUCAGUUGGAUAAUGCACCCAAUAAAGAGGUUGGUCAUAUGCAUGAGGAUAUUAAUGAUUUCAGAGGAGAUAAAGGUGUAAAUUUGAAGGAGAGAGUAAUGGAUGAAGGUACUACAAAUGAUCUCAAUCCCAUUGAGAAUGAUCGAUGGGGUGAAUCUGGCAAUGAUACAUUGACUGGUAAUGGAAUCGAGAAUGGUGAUGAGUUUGACCGCUAUGAACCUUACCACGGUUAUAAUAGAAGCAAUGAGAAUGAAAACAAUCAGAUGGUUAGCUCUUAUGGCUCUCCAAACCGAGGAAGUUCUCAGGAAAAAAGGCAAAGAGAGCGCUCUGUUGAUGAUGAUUCUGAGAGGAACCUUGAUAAAUCAAAACCCCAGUUGACCUGUUAUAACUGUGGACUAGUUGGUCACAUAAUGCGUAACUGCCCACAAGGGGAUGCUCGGCGAGAGAAGUUUGGCAAGUUUAACCACAGGAGAGAUGAAAUAAAUUUCCGAUAUAAAGGAGAGAGAAGGCCAAAGCAGUUCAGACCCAGUUCAUGGGGAAGGCCAGAUGCUAGUAGAGAUCCUUUGAUAUCGAGGCACCAUAUGCAGGUAAGAAAGGAACCUCAUUCUGUAAAAGCUAGAAGAGUGUCCAGGACAAGUGAGACUUCUCCAGAAAUUCGGGAAAAACAAUGUUCCAAGCUCAGAGGUGAUUCUCGGGAAAAGAAAAGAAGCAAGCUGGAACAUGAAGCCCCAAGAAAAGCUGUAAGAAGCAGAAGAAGACGAAGGAGAUAUCAUACAUCAUCACUUUCUUCCGAUUCUUCUACACCUAGCUCACAAUCACAUUCACAUUCUGCAAGAUCAAUAUCGAAUUCUGGCUCUCGUUCAAGCUCAAGGACUGCAUCUUCUCGGUCUCGAUCAGCAUCUUCUGGUUCAAGGUCUGCUUCUUUGUCAUCCUAUUCUAAAUCUGCUAGAUCAAGGUCAAGGUCAAGUUUCCCUAGAUCACUAUCUUUAUCUGUCUCAUUGGAACGGAAGACUACUCCUUCCCCGAAGAACAAGCAACUGGAUGUUUGCAUGAAUACCUCUCCAAAGGGCAAUGUGGAGGCUGUGACGAGCCCUGAGUCCAAGCAUUUGGAGAAUGCCAAACCAAAAAUUACAUGCUCAGCAGUGGAUGAUGAAAAUGCAGUAACUCCAUUUAAGGUGGGUAGUAAAACUAAUGGGGAACAUAUUGGAUAUGAUGGUGAUGAUGUGCGGUAUACUACAUUUCGUGUCGAUUGUAGUGAAAGCAAUACAUGCGCAGAUCUGCAUAAAGAUACUGUUCUUACUUGUGACAAUCACGGACAGAACAAUGACAUGCAGGAAGCUCCGUCAGCAAAGCUGAAUAGGCAUAUUGCCUCUAAAUCCAAGACAAGCAAGUCUACCAGAAUAACAACACAGGAAAUGUUCUUGGUCCUGCAACACUAUGGACUGGUAGCACCAGAAGAGGGUCUUGCAGAUAUAUCUGUGGAGGAAUACUUUGGUGCUGCUUGCUUGUGGCCAUGGGAAAUGAUCUACUACCGGCGAUUGAAAAAGGGUCCCAUUUCUACUGAGAACUAUGCGAGGCGACUUGAGCAAAACAAGGAAUUUGGCAUUGUGGAUAAGUACAUUAGAAGCAGUAGUGGCUGGGGAGAAUGUAGUCAGGAUGAUACAUGACAAAAUGCUCCGAUGCUGUCUUUAUUUUUGAGAUGCACAUUGAUUUGCAUUUUUGAUGGUGGAAAUCGUUUUGUGCUAAUUUGCUUCUGGAAUUUGCUGUGUUCUCCCAUGAUCAGUUUACCUUUAUGUGUGUGCAGGUUUAGACUACAAACUAUUGAAACUGCAAUGAGAAUCGGAUUAUGAAUGAGCUCGCAUUGGACAAGAUUCAGCCUCCUGCUGCUGUAUCACACUCAUUCCCGAGUGUGAUUGAUGGGGCAGCAGACUUAUCCAAUUCCAUUAUAAUAGCAAUGGGUUGUGAUCCAAACCAUUUUAUCUCACGUGCCUGUGUUGUUUGUCAUUAUCCAUAUAUUCCCAUGCAAAGUGUGCAAAACAAUCGGAGCAGGCCACCAUACUGAUUGUUCAGCUACCACGAUUGAAAUGAACCAGAUGAUGUAUCUACCACAUUGGGCCCUCAGAAUUAUGUAGUAAAUCAGCUGUUUUUUUUUUUUUUUUCCUUUCUUUUUCUUUUUUUUUUUUUCCUCUGAUGCAAUGUCAGGAAUUUAUCGCAGUGAUUAAAAGUGUUUACAAGACGAGGAUUAUUAGACGUACAUGGGUGUUGGAGUUUCAUGUGAUUGCUGUCGGAACCGUGUAACAAAAGUAAGAGAGUGGGGUCAGGAGCUUUGAAAAUUUUUGCUCCUCUUCACUUAAGCAGCUUAUAUACGCUUAUGCUACCGAGCAGAGGAUGUUGAAGCUUCCUCUGUAUGCAGACCGUCCAGCUGUUUGGUAAAGCCAAAUGUUUGUUGUAAAACUUUGCUCGCCUACGUGGCCUCGAAUCUAAACACCCAGUUGUUUCUCUCUUUCCGUGUGCUCCAAGGAAAUGUUAGGACGAGGCGGUCGCAUGCUCUCGUCUGUUUCCUUUCUCCAAUCGAUCCCCUCCAUUCUAUCCAGAUAUCUUAUACUGAGGUCGGUGAAAAUUGGAUGGAUGGUAUCCUGUUUAGCUUAUCCCAUAUGAAGCAGGAGUAGGGACACCUUAUCCCAUACAGCUUUGUCUGCCUGUCGGCCCUGUGCAUCAAUUCAUGCUGGUAUUAGAUGCAAACUCGAGCUCAUUAUGCGGUGCAACAAUAUUAGAUGAAAUGAAUGUUCCAGCUUAGCCGUCUGGGAGAAUUUAUAGGAGGUGGUUGGUGCUUCAUUUGUCUCUCCUCUUGUUUGGUGACAAGGGGGGCUUUCAGAAUCUACAUCACUUACACAAUUCGCAUGCAUCAAUCUUUGUCGCUUGAUAAG